AGAGAAAGACAGAGAGAAGAAGAGAGGGAAAGAGAGAAGCAGAGAGAGAGCAGAGAGAAACGUUUCUUUGUGUGUCCGUUUUUUCAGUUAGUUAGUGUUAUAUGAAUGAAGGAGGAAGAAUGGUGUCGGACCAAGAAAUAGCCAAAGGGGUGGAGACGGUUCUCCGGCAGUCGGACCCCACUGCCAUCACCUCCCUCAACGGCGUGGUGCAGCAGCUGGAAGCGAAGUUAGGGCUCAACCUGUCCCACAAGGCUGGUUUCAUCAGGGACCAGAUCAGCCUCCUCCUCCGAGCACACCCUACCAACCAACCACCACCACCUCAGAAGGACCGUUUUGCCCCCCAGCAUCAGCCACAACCACAAUUCCCUCCCCAUCACCAACAACAAUUUCCUCCCCGUUUUGCCCUCCAGCAUCAGUCCCAAUUCCCGUCCCAGGUCCCCAACUUCCCACAGCCGCAGUCUCAGCUUCCUCCGGCUCCUCGUCCAGCUCAGUCGCCGCUGCAAGUUCAGCUUCAGCCUCAGCCUCAACCUCAGCCUCAACCUCAACCUCAGCUUCAGCCCCCUGUCACCAAGCCCGAGGUCUACUCCCAUAAUGUCGCAGCAGUUGUGGCCCCUGAAGUGCCUAAAGAAAGUGUUCCAGUUGGAGCUAAAAGAAGAGGUGGCCCAGGGGGGUUAAACAAAGUUUGUGGCGUUUCACCUGCACUACAGACCAUUGUUGGUGAGCCAGCGUUACCAAGGACAGAGAUUGUCAAGCAGCUGUGGGCAUACAUCAGGAAAAACAACCUCCAAGAUCCGAGUAACAAGAGAAAGAUAAUUUGUGAUGAUGCCCUGCGCUUAGUGUUUGAGACAGACUGCACUGACAUGUUCAAGAUGAAUAAACUGCUGGCAAAACACAUUACAGCACUUGAACCUACAAAGGAGUCAGCUCAAGCAAAACGAGCAAAGGUAGAGGUUGAGUCCACAACUGAAAGUAUUGAACAUGGUGCCUCUCCUGUGAUAAUAUCUGAUGCACUUGCCAAGUUUUUGGAAACUGGUGAAAGGGAGAUGCUUGCAACUGAAGCAGAGAGACUCGUUUGGGAGUACAUUAAUGUCAACCAUUUGGAGGAUCCUCUAAAUCCAAUGGCGGUAAUAUGUGAUGCUAAGCUUCGUGAGCUUCUUGGAUGUGAAAGCAUAUCUGUAAUGGGGAUACACGACUCAUUGCUCCGCCACCACUUAUUGAAGCGCUCCUAGUUUAUGGUGCAUGGGACCUUAGUCACUUACGAUGGGUAGAACAGAUAGUGAAGGAACCCCUAUUUACCUCUAUGUUAUGUUUGUAUGCCUUGACUUGUUUGGCUGAUAUAUGGAGUACCAAACUAGCUUUGUUUGUUAAUGAUCAGAAUGAAAAUGCUCCUUGGGUCAAUGGCAAGGAUGUUUUUUUAGUGAUGUCAUUAGCCCAGGAUUUAGGUGUAAUUUGUUUACUUACCGUAGGCGUGCCCUUCCAAUGCUGAACCUCCGACUCUAGAGAGAAGGAAAUGGCAAUGGAAAUAUCAAGACCUUUAACCUUGCAGAAUGACAAGUACAUGUAUCUUUUUAGAAUGCUUCUACUGUUGUAACUUUUGAGUCUGUUUGACACUAAUGUUUCAGUGUUGU